UCGCAACCCAAGCUUUACGGAACCCACAUACCAUCCUUACACUGUAGCAUUUGUUGCGGCAUUGAUGUUCUAGGCCAUUUAUGAUUCUUUAUAUCGGAUCCAGCACCAUGGCUUCGUCCGUCAAGUUCUUGCGGCUCAACUUGAUGUUUCAUUGCUACACGACUACAGCUCAGUGAGCUUCGUUUCUUUUCAAGAUAUUCACUCGUUUUAUUUAUCGUCGUUCUUUUUAAGGCCUUUGAAUUUUUCGUGCCGCUAACAAUGCAGCAAUCACUAUUCUCGCUGCUGUCGGCUGCGGCCCUUGCGGCUCCGGUCUUUGCCUUGCCCCAAGCCUCUCAUGAGAAGUUUCGAGGACACCACGGAGGACAUAGUGCAAGUCGCACGUCCGGAGCUGCAGUCAUUGCAUCAACGGCUGACUCGACGGGCGCAAUCCCUUCAACGAGCAUCGCCACCAGCGAGUUUACAGCCGUUCCCACAACCUCUGCGAGCGAGAUUGCCGUAGCCCCGACCACUACAGCUAAGGCUGUGUCGUCCGCCGCCACCACCAAACCUGUGGCAUCUUCCAAGACCAGCACUACUGCUGCUGCUGCUGCUGCUGCUGCAACUUCCUCUCCAGUCGUGGCUGAGUCUACUGAGGCCCUCACCGCAACAUACUGCGGUGUUCCCAACGCCUACCAGAUCCUCUCGGGCACCCCUUGGAUCGUCUAUUCCAUGAACUACAACUACCAGGACAUUAGCGGAUCCUGCUGUACUGGUUACUACUCCACCUCAGGCUCCGGCGACGACCAGACGCUUCACUGGAGUAGCAUCUGGGAGAUUGACGAGGCGGUCAGCACCAACGUCGUCAAGGGCUACUCGUUCAUCGGCCUGACCCAGAACCUCGAGACGACCCUGGAGAGCAUCUCGAGCAUUCCGAGCACGUACACAUGGGAUAUCAGCAACACAACCGCCUAUAAAGGCAAUGUCGUCUACGACUUCAUGACCUCCGACACCAAGGGGGACUCGACGUCGUCCUCGGCCCAGGAGCUCAUGCUCUGGCUCCAGUAUGAGGGUGGCCAGGUCCCCAUUGGCUGGGCCGACGGUGCCGUGGCUACGAUCGACGGACUCUUUGGCAAGGACGGCUGGAAGCUUUACCAGGGAAAGAACACUGAUACUGGUAUCACCGUUUCCUCUCUCCUGGCCCCCGAGGAUGACAUGUUUGAUGGCACUUUCACCGGUGAUAUCAAGGACUGGCUCUCGGCCAUCUCCGAGCAGGGCGUUUUCAGUACUUCGACCUAUGUCAACGUCGGUAACGCCGGUAUGGAACCUUACUGGGGCACCGUUACGUUCGACAACACCUUGAGCUUGAGAAUUGAUCUGUAGAUCACUCGUCGGGAUCUAGAUGAGACGUUCUAAACAUGCCUUCUAUUCUUGUACAUAUUCUUUAUAUUAGUUCUUGGGGCAUCAAAUACCACAGACGUAUACCUCA